UUUGUUGUGCACUUGUUCUACUUUGACUCAUCUAUAGACACCCUAUUAUGCCUUCCACUCAUUUUUCUUCAUCACGUUUAUAAUAUGUUCAUCAGGGCAUAACACAAACUAUGAACUGUGAUCCACUUUUGUUGUGCACUUGUUCUACUUUGACUCAUCUAUAGACACCCUAUUAUGCCUUCCACUCAUUUUUCUUCAUCACGUUUAUAAUAUGUUCAUCAGGGCAUAACACAAACUAUGAACUGUGAUCCACUUUUGUUGUGCACUUGUUCUACUUUGACUCAUCUAUAUAUUCAAUCUCAAAACAACCCAAACACCGAAAAAUCAAUAACAAUGGAGUCAUUCCUCCCAAUGCUCCCAACAAUUGUUAGGCUUUCUAUAUAUCCACUUCUUUUUGUUGUUUGCUUUGUGAUAUGGAGGACAAGAGUUGGUCACGGCCGAAACACAGCUAGUAAGAAAAGACUAGCACCCCAAGCUACUGGUGCAUUGCCUUUGAUCGGUCACCUCCAUCUCUUAGGACGCUCUCAAUUGCCACACAUUACCUUAGGUUCUAUGGCUGACAAGUACGGCCCAAUCUUCACCAUAAAGCUCGGGUUAAACCGAGCAUUGGUAGUGAGUGAUUGGGAGAUGGCUAAAGAAUGUUUCACCACCAACGACAAGGUCUUCGCCAACCGUCCAAGCUCUUUAGCAGUGGAGCUCAUGACCUACAACUAUGCCAUGUUUGGUUUGGGUCCUUACGGCGAUAACUGGCGCAAGGCCAAAAAGAUAGUCAUGCAUGAGCUUCUCUCUAACCGCGCGCUUGAUAUGCUACGACAUAUCAGAGUAUCAGAGGUAAGAACUUCCAUAAGAGAAGUAUAUGACUUAUGGGUUAAGAAAGAAAGUACUUCAAAUGUGGUCAAGUUGGAAAUGAAGCAAUGGUUCGCAAAUUUUACCCUAAAUGUGAUGGUUAGGAUGCUUGUAGGGAAGCGAUAUUUGAGCGACGAUGAAGAGGGGGCAGGAGUUGGGAAGGCGAUCACAGAGUUCUUUGAAUUGCUGGGGGUGUUUGUGGUGUCCGAUGCCAUACCUUUCCUGAGGUGUUUGGAUUUGGGAGGGUACGAGAAGGCCAUGAAGAAGACAGCCAAAGAAAUGGACCAUAUAAUUGAAGGUUGGUUACAGGAGCAUAAAAGAAAGAGAGACUUUGGCAUGGUGAAGAGUGAUCAACAAGACUUCAUGGAUGUGAUACUGUCCCUUCUUGACAGUACAAGGGCCGAAGAACUUCCCGAUUUCGAUGCUCAUACAAUCAGUAAAGCUACAUGCCUGGGAAUGCUAACAGCGGGCACCGACCCUACGACUGUGACGCUGACUUGGACUCUCUCAUUGCUCAUGAACAAUCGACAUGUUCUCAGAAAGGUCCAAGACGAGAUUGAUGUCCACAUUGGAAGGGGACGACUAGUGGAAGAGACGGAUGUGAAGAACUUAGUCUACCUCCAAGCCGUCCUCAAAGAAACACUACGUCUUUACCCACCUGGACCACUCUCUGUACCACAUGAGUCCACUGAGGACUGCGUUGUGGGUGGCUACAAUAUCCCGAAGAGCACACGCCUAUUGGUGAACCUGUGGAAGAUACAUCGCGAUCCUCUAGUAUGGUCCGAUCCAAAUGAGUUUCAACCCGAGAGGUUCUUGACUGGCCACAAGGAUGUCGAUGUUAGGGGGCAGCAUUUCGGGUUGAUACCAUUUGGUAGUGGAAGAAGAAUGUGUUCUGGAAUUUCUUUGAGCCUCCAAAUUAUGCAAUUUACACUGGCUAGUUUGAUUCAUGGGUUUGAACUUGGAACUCCUUUAUACGAACCGGUGGAUAUGAGUGAGAGCUUUGGGCUAACCAACCUCAAAGCCACCCCAUUGGAGGUCCUUCUUACCCCUCGUUUGCCUGCUAUCCUAUAUACACAUGAUAACUAGCUAUACAAUAUGAAGUGUUAGAAAAUCAUGAUAAAAAGUAUGUGAACUUUGUAUGUGUUUACGUUCGUGAGUGGUUUAUGGGUUGAAUAUGAACGGACUCUAUUUUUAUUUAUUUUUAAAUAAUAAUGCAUAUGGUAUUAUUCGACCUUGGGA